AUGUCUCGCAUGUGGGAGGUCGAUCCAGAGACAAGGAGCAAGCUCCUUCAGAUCUCCAAGACCAAUGGAAACGACAAAUGCUGUGAUUGUGGUGCUCCCUCGCCACAAUGGGCCUCUCCCAAAUUCGGCACUUUCAUCUGUCUCAACUGCGCCGGCACACAUCGCGGUCUCGGAGUGCAUAUUUCCUUCGUCCGAUCCAUCACCAUGGAUGCCUUCAAGAACGCCGAGAUUCAACGCAUGGAGCUGGGAGGCAACGAGCCCUGGAAGUCCUUCUACGACGCACACCCUGUGACAGUCUCCGAGGGUCGCACAUUCGAGGACUCUACCAUCAAAGAACGUUAUGAAGGCGACGCAGGCGAGGAGUGGAAGGAGCGCUUGGCGUGCAAGGUGGAGGGUCGUGAGUAUGUCCCGGGUCAAGAGAAGAAGAGCAAUGUCUCGCGAUCGAGUACACCGUUGAGUGUGGGAGCUGGUGGUGCUACCUCCGGAGCCCGCGCCGGGUCACCCGCAGCGUCGUCGAUUCGGUCGGCUGAAGGCCAGCGAGGUGGGCCCAUGGCCAGCAAGAAGGAGCAAAACGAGGCAUACUUUGCGAAGCUGGGGUUAGAGAACGCCACGCGGUCAGAUGCUCUUCCUCCAUCCCAAGGAGGGAAGUUCACUGGCUUCGGAGGCGGCAUGCCCCCGCCGUCUGCCGAUGAUCGCCGGGCUUCGGGGCUUGGAGGUUUCGGCGGGCUUGGAGGUUUCGGCGGGUUUGGGGGCUUUGGUGGUGGAGGAUUUGGCGGAGGCGGCCAAGCUUUUGACGAUCUCCAAAAGGAUCCCAUGGGCACGCUGUCCAAGGGCUUCGGGUGGUUUACUUCUACAGUAGGCAAGGGCGCCAAGACGGUGAACGAUUCGUAUCUACAGCCGACAGCCAAGCAGUUGGCCGAAUCCGAAUUUGCUGCCCAAGCCCGUGUCCAAGCGGCCAGCCUCGGACAGAAUCUGCAGGCCGGUGCCCGCGGCGCUGCGGACCAGUUCAACCGCUUUGUUGAAGGACCCGAAGACGGCCAUGGCGGUAACCGCUCCCACAUGGAGCCUGAGCGCAGAGAGUUCUGGGACGAUUUUGCGUCCCUUGGAUCUGAAACCUCUGGCCAUCGCCGGAGUGGAUCGAAAUCCGAGGUCAUCGGCACUGCAGCCAUGCGCAAAGGACCGGUGAAUUCGUCCAGUGUUAACUCCUCUAUUCCCGCUACGGCGGGCGACAGUACGGCGCCGGCCGGGGCUAGCAGCAUUGAAGACGAGGGUGGUGCCGUAUCCUCGACAGCCAAGGGAAAGCAAGACUGGGAUGAUAACUGGUAG